AUGGGGUCAGGGUGGAAUCCUGUACCGUCUCUCGUAUCACGAGAUGAUGCUGGUACAGAACUGUUGGCAUUGCUGAACGAUCCCUUCAAGCAAGACGUAAGUCUUGCAGAUGGAGCUAUUUGGUCCGCCUUGGGAUCUUCAUUGGGCAUCACAGCUGCCAUAGCACUUCUCUUUUCCUUCGUUCGUCCUUACAAUACAGUCGUUUACGCCCCAAAAUUAAAACAUUCCGACGAGAAACAUGCGCCUCCCGCCAUAGGAAAGGGUAUAUUUGCCUGGGUAAAACCGUUAUGGAACACCUCGGAGCAAGACGUAAUCGGGCACGCCGGUCUGGAUGCGGCUGUUUUCCUGCGAUUUGCGAGGAUGUGCCGCAAUAUUUUCCUGGUUUUAGCCAUUCUCGGCUGCUCCAUUCUCAUACCUGUCAACUGGACUCAAAACAGCAAUACAUCUGGCAAUCAGAAGUGGUUCAAACACAUUACACCUCUCGAGGUCUGGAACGACGCUCAAUGGUCUCAGGUCGUCAUGGCAUACCUAGCCAACCUCACCAUCUGCGGCUUCCUGUGGUGGAAUUAUAGGAAAGUUGUCACGCUACGCCGUCAAUACUUUGACAGUGAAGAGUACCAGUAUAGUCUCCAUGCCAGGACUCUCAUGCUCAACGAUAUCCCCAAGAACAUGGGCUCCGACGAGGGUAUCGCCAGAUUGAUCGACCAAUACAUUCCGAAGUCGUCAUUUGCCAGGACGGCCAUUGCCCGGAAUGUCAAGGUUCUCCCCGAUAUCAUUGCGCAACAUGAUCGGACGGUCAGAAAACUCGAGGCCGUCUUGGCCAAAUACCUGAAAGACCCCAAGAACCUACCCGCUGCACGCCCCAUGUGCAAACCCUCCAAAAAGGAUCCAUCCUACGGAACUUACCCGAAAGGCCAAAAGGUCGAUGCUAUCGAAUAUCUAACUCAACGUAUCAAAGAUCUUGAAGUCGAAAUCAAGGAGGUACGCACCACACUCGACAAACGAAACACCCUUCCAUACGGUUUUGCAAGUUAUGACGACAUUGCCGAAACCCACGCCAUCGCUCAUGCACUCCGCAACAGAAAACCCAAGGGAACAACCAUAUCCCUCGCCCCACGACCAAACGACAUCAUUUGGGACAACAUGCCCAUGAGUCCGUCAGCCAGGAGCUGGAGCAGAAUAUGGAAUAACAUCUGGGUGACUGUUCUUACCCUCAUCUGGGUUGUGCCAAACGCCUUUAUAGCCAUAUUUUUGGUCAAUCUUAGCAAUCUUGGCCUUGUGUGGGACACUUUCCAGAAAACGUUGGCUGCCGACACCACCUUUUGGUCAAUUGUUCAAGGUAUCGCUUCGCCUGCGAUUACCUCGCUCACUUACCUUUUUCUCCCCAUCAUCUUUCGACGCUUGUCUCUCAGGGCAGGAGAUAGAACCAAAACAUCACGGGAACGCCACGUGUUGGCGAAACUGUAUUCGUUCUUCGUAUUCAACAACUUGAUCGUUUUUUCCAUUUUCAGCACUCUAUGGUCUUUCGUUUCGGCCGUUGUAGCUGAUACGGAGAAGAAUGGAGAUGCCUGGCAGGCCAUUCUCAAACAGGAUCCCGCAUCAGCUCUCUUCAUUGCUUUGUGUAAUAUAUCUCCAUAUUGGGUCACAUACUUGUUGCAGCGCCAGAUGGGUGUUGCUACUGAUCUUGCACAACUUUGGAAGCUGACCUGGAGUUUCUUUCAACGAAAAUUGGGCAGUCCAACACCGAGAGAGCUGAUUGAGCUGACUGCACCACCUCCUUUCGAAUACGCCAUGUACUACAACUACUUCCUUUUCUACUCGACAAUUGCUAUGCUCUAUGGAUGCCUGCAGCCCCUGGUAUUCCCAGCCGCUGCUCUGUACUUCGCCGUCGAUGUAUGUUUAAGGAAGUACCUGCUGCUUUAUAUUUUCGUCACCAAAACAGAGUCGGGAGGCAUGUUUUGGAGGGCCUUGUUCAACCGAUUCGUAUUUGCCACCAUACUUGGAAAUCUUAUCGUUUUCCUCACGGUCUGGGUUCGCGGUUUGGGAACGCACAUCCAAGCAUUUGCUGUUGUCCCUCUGCCAUUUAUCAUGAUUGCCUUCAAGAUCUACUGUUCGAGGGUCUUUGACAACCAGAUUCACUACUACGCUGUUCGAAACGUUGCGCGAGACCCGGAGUAUGAAAGGGGCAAGGACCCACUCCGAUCUGACCGCUUAGCGGUCCGCUUUGGCCAUCCUGCCUUGUACAAGCCGCUCAUCACUCCCAUGGUACACGCGAAGGCUCAAAACGUACUUCCUUCGAUUUACAGAGGUCGUAUAUCAGAUGGGCGAGAAGCCUACUCGGGAGAUACCAUGUCCACGUCUGGCUACAGCGAUGCGUAUAUCUUGAAUCCUAUGGACAAGUCUGGGAAAGCAAGAUCAGCUAUGCCAGGCUUUGAAAUUGUGCCCGAAGGAAAGAUGGAUUUUGAAUACUAUAAAAACCGCCCCGAGUUUGCAUCUGAGCAUGGUGGCGGCGAAAUCUAUGGUCGCGCAGCUGAUAUGGUCCGGCCAGGCACACCCGGAAGCAUGUGGAAUGGUAGCGAGCCGUCGUCAAGACCUGCUAGUCCCAGCCUUGCGAACGUCCCGCGAACCGCUAGCCCUGCACCGGGGCGCUCAUACUCGUCAUUCUCACCACAACUUGGUAACUCUAAUCCUUACGCCGCUCCACCGGAAAUCAGCCGCACGCGAAGCCCCUUCUACGCGCAGGGCAAUGAUAGUGGGUCAAACCUCGUCAGCAAUGCAGCGGCGAUGCCCAUGACAACCCCCGGCUCUGGCUCAAGAGAAGCCAGCCUGGAUGUGUCGGCCGUUCGUGCUCCUGGAGGCGCCGGAAUGCUGGGAGGUGGUCCUCGUGGGUAUGGUAACCUGCCGCAGGACGAGAACAUGUCGCCAGAUCAUGACCCCAUGGCCUACGACUACUUCCGCAGUUCUAGGACAAGAAGGUCGUAGAGUACCAUGAGGUAUAACUGAAGCAUACUGGGAGAAAUAUGGCUUCUAAUGCUAAGUGAACAUUGUAUACCACAAGUACGGAUAUGUCUAACCUUUUUAUUUUAUUUUAUUUUUUGGCUUGAGGUGCAUCGAUUCGGCGUUCGUGGCGAAAUAGCGCCUUGAUGAUGGCUGCUCAUUACGAUUUGAAAUGGAAAAGGGAAAGAAGGUGCUCAUAGAAAGCAAAUGCGUUAUCAUUGGCCAUAGAGGAUCAAAAGGAGCGUACCUCCUUGCUGGAUCAAAAUGCAGUCCCAGAUAGGGUUGUAAGUUGGGAGAUUAAAACUUGUAAUAAUCCUGGAGCAAGGCUGGCGGCGCUUCGGGGAGUACAUAGUAACGUUCGAUAUUAUCAAAGAUGCCUGUACAUCUAGGCAAUUGACUUGCUCAACCCUCUGCGUAUAACUUUCGCUGCAUGAUUCUAUGCUUCGCGCAAUCUGUUAUGCUUCC